AUGCAGCAUUCAAAGUUUCCCACGAACUGCUUUGACAAUGCUGAAAUCUUUUCGAUAGCUAUGUGUAUUCAAGCCAUCUGUCUCACCAUCACACUGAAUCAUUCUGAAAUGCAAGACCGCUACCUUUUUGAUGGAGCCUUCACAUUAGUUCUUCCGUCAUACGCUAUCGAUGCAAGGUACAGUCUGAUUUGCGUCGAUUUUGCGAUGCACACUACUUCGGGAGCUGUUUUAUCUAUUUUCGGUGUUACAAUUGAUUCACAAAAGGAGGACUGGUUAUUCGAUGUUUCUAACCAUAUCAUACCUCUUUUCCCUAAUAUCUUCACUGAACUGAUUUUGGAUUUUGAUUAUAUAGGAUUGCCUUGUGUUUUUGACUGUUCAGCGUUCAUUACUUUGACUUGCUCCGACGGAGCGUUCUGCUUCGAGACUGCUUGCUUUAUCCACCCUUACAGUGACCUCCGACAAAUCCCAGACAACCAAGAAGUCUUCGUUCAUCCAUCCACAAACCAAAGUGUCGUUGUCGAUAUUUUGGAGCAAAUCGAUACCCAGGAUCCGAAAGAAGCAGCCCGGUUACAUUUCCAGGAGGUCGGCCGUACGAACGAUGCGUCCGAGGUUGUCAUAGAGACGGUAGAGGAACUCUCCCCACCCUACCGAGAUCCGCAUUGCACGUCCAUGGUCUAUCUAACUGGCCUGCAAAAGGUUGCUAAAUUCAACGAGACCGUUGAACACUUGGUACGAAUCUAUCAGGCACUGUACCGGUACUCCAGUGACAGCGCAGAUGUCCUGGUUUCUGUCAACAAUCCUUUGGAAGAUGAUUACCCCCUUUGUGAACUCAACGGCACGGCUUCCGGUGAUUCGGUUCCAUCAGCACCGUGGGAUGAUCAACUCAUUCGGACAAUCGCUUGCUCGCUUCAGUUGCGGUCACGUGGGAUUUUCUCUCUUUAACGUUUACAAACUAUAUCCAUACCGAGGAUUAUAUUUGUGUGCACUGUUCAUGCAUCCAGCCCCUGUUUUCUACAAAUAUUG